AUGAAGCCUAUUUCCCAGACUACUACUUCUCCUUCAAACUCAUCUCCCAUUUCCUUGCCAACCCCAACUACAUCCACGUCAUUGCUUCUGGACACAAUCGAAAUCUUCCCUUCUUCGUCGAUAGUCAUUACAAUUCCAAACUGGUCAACAAUCGUCGUGCCUACACCGGUCAUCUCGAUCGUCAACCCUCUACAAUCGUCGACCACUACGCCAUCGUCAUCACCAACACCAACACCAAGCACAUCAGAGUCCGAGCAGGACACGUCCUCAAGCACCUCAAACACAUGCCCUACAAAUGCAGUGAAAAAAUGCUGCACAAGUCUCAAUCAAGUGUCGAACAGCCUGCUAAACAUCGUCAAUGAUAUCCUCCCGAUUCUGGACCUGGAUAAUAUCAUUGGUGAUAGCCUGGAUAAUAUCAUUGGUGAUGCCCUGGACAGUAGCACCACGGGCCUUAGCUGCACUGAUCUCGCCGAGGAUGGCGUGUGUGAGAGUGUGCCUAGUUGUUGCAUCGAGGAAACAAUUCUUGGCUUUGACUCUGAUUAUAUCAGCUGUGUUCCACUUUUGUAA